AUGGGGGGAAUUGUGGUGAUUGUGCUGGUGAUGGUGGUUGCAGUCGAGAUGACACUGCUGAUGAUAGUGAUGACAGGCUGUGGUGUUGAUGGGUUUAAUGGUGAUAAUAAAGAUUAUAGUGGUGGUGCUAGUAGCAUGAAUGCUGAACCCUACAGAAUCUUGAAGGGCACUGAGUACGUUGUCGGAAGGAAAAACUGUGGCAUUCUAAUUGAAAACGAUCAGUCAGUCAGCCGGAAUCAUGCUGUGUUAACUGCUAACUUCUCGGUAACCCACCUGAGUCAAUCAGAUGAAAUCCCUAUAUUGACAGUAAAAGAUAAUUCUAAGUAUGGUACCUUUGUUAAUGAGGAAAUAAUGCAGAGCCUUACCCGAACUUUGAAUACAGGAGAUAGAGUUACUUUUGGAGUGUUUGAAAGUAAAUUCAGAGUAGAGUAUGAGCCUUUGGUUGCAUGCUCUUCUUGCUUAGAUGUCGCUGGGAAAACCGCUUUAAAUCAAGCAGUAUUGCAACUUGGAGGACUUACUGUAAACAACUGGACCGAAGGAUGCACUCACCUUGUCAUGGUAUCAGUUGAAGUUACCAUUAAAACAAUAUGUGCACUCAUUUGUGGACGUCCGAUUAUAAAGCCGGAAUAUUUUACUGAAUUUCUUAAAGCAGUUCAGUCCAAUAGACAGUUUCCACCACUUGAAAGUUUUUACCCACCUAUUGAUGAACCAGCUAUUGGGAGUGAAAAUAUUGACCUGUCAGAACGACAGGAAAGAAAACAGAUCUUCAAAGGGAAAACAUUUGUAUUCCUGAAUGCCAAACAGCAUAAAAAAUUGAGUUCAGCAGUUGUUUUUGGAGGAGGAAACACUAGGUUGAUAACAGAAGAAAAUGAAGAAGAAAAUAGUUUCUUUUCAGCUCCUGGAACUUGUGUUGUUGAUAUAGGAAUAACAAAUUCACAGGCCUUUGUUUCUGACUCUCAGAAAAAAUGGGUUCAUUCAAUUAUGGAUAUGCUCCAAAGGUACAGACUUACUCUUUAUUAGUAAAAAAAUG